AUGUCCUCUGUUCCGAGACCUUACGGCCGAGCGUUUGAAACCGUUCAAAUCAAGGACGUCGACGACGGCGAAGCGUUUGACUGCGACGAGGAGCCGCACAUGCUCACGCCCGAGCAGGGCCAUGGCUACUACCCGCUGACUCUGGGACAGCAGCUCAAGGACGGCCAGCUCGAAAUCGUGAGGAAGCUCGGCUGGGCUGGGUAUUCUAGCGUCUGGCUCGCCCGCACGCUCAAAAAUUCGUAUCCCGUCCAAUAUGUCGCUGUCAAGGUCCUCACCGUGAACGCUACCGCUGGCGUCGUGCGCGGCCUCCUCGGCGAGGUCGACGCCCUCCUCACGAUCAAAAAGGCGAACCCGCACCAUCCGGGCUACAAGCACUGCAUGGUCAUCUACGACACCUUCAUCGCCAAAAGCCACCACGGCCCCCACAUAUGCAUCGUGACCGAUGUUUUUGGGCCGGAUCUCACUUACAUUCGAAGCUUUUUACCGGCCCAACGGCGUUUUUUCCCGCUUGCUCUCACGCAACGCAUCAUCAAGCAGACGCUCCUCGCUCUUGAUUACCUCCAUCGCGAGUGCAAGCUCGUGCACACAGACGUCAAGCCGGACAACGUCCUCAUAUCCUUGAAAGACCCAAGCGAGGCGAUAACACGCCUCCUCAAAGAGUCGCCUUCGUCCACUUACGAGACCCGAUUCGAGCCCGAUUUGUCUCCGGACCCUAUCAUCACGGUCAAAUCCGAGCCUCUCGGCGAACUUUGCGCGGAACAGGAUGCGCUGAGAAACCCUGACAUUUGCUUGGUAGACUACGGUGAAGCGAGAUCCACGAAGGAACAAUCGUCGACGCAGGCCCAGCCUGAUCUCCUCCGCGCCCCAGAAGUCCUCCUUGGUCAUGCGUGGUCGGCACCCGUCGAUGUAUGGUCCGUGGGGUGCCUGGUGUUCGAGUACCUGACUGGCACGGCCCUGUUCCAACUAUACGAAACCGACUCCGUGAGCUUCGACGACGUUUAUCUCCGGCGGAUCGCGGAGUUCAUCGGCCCCUUCCCGCCGAGCUUCCUGCAGGAUUGCUCGCUCAGAACCAGGUUCUACGACGAACAAGGCAAUCUUCUCCGCAUGGACAAGUUCGUUCCGCGCACGAUGGAGGCGUGUCUACGCAAUUACAAAGUACUGGGAGAGAAGGACAUCUCGGCUGCGGCUGCGUUCAUACGGAGAUGCUUGACGCUCGAUCCUCGCGAGCGACCCACCGCCUUGGAGCUUUUGAGUGACCCCUGGGUCAAGGAUGCGUGA